GAGGGGGAGGGGCGGAGGAGCACGUGGGCCGCGCCCGUCAUGUUUGCCGAGCCGCCGUGGGCCCACGAGGCCCGGGGUCUCCGGGACGUCGUCGUCCCCGCCCCGACACACCCGCCCUCCUCCAAGCCCCAAAAGGGCCGCGGACAGCAGAAGCUCCUGGCCGUGCUGCAGAAGCUGGAGGCCGCGGCCCUGCCCCGCCAGCUCGCCCCGGCCUGGCCCUGUGGCUCGGAAGGCGGCGACUCCGACGACUCCUCCGGGGAGGAGGCCCGGGGCCGAAAGAAGAAACUCAAGAAGAGAAGGUCGAACCCGGAGGCCGAGGCCCCUGACCUCCACGCCAAGGCCAGCCCUCCCCCAGGGACCGGCAAGAAGCGGAGACGGAAACAAGGUGCCCCAGCCCCUGUGGACGAAGCCCCCACCCCAAGCCUCCCCGCCCCCGGGGCCACAGGAGGCCAAGAGCCUAAGGAGGGGGAGGCCGGGCUUCAGACCCCCGACCGCCCGCUUAGCCGGAAGCAGUGGCGGAACCGUCAGAAGAACAAGAGGAGGAACAAGAACAAGUUCCAGCCCUCGGGGAAGCAGCCGCCGCCCACGGACGCCGCGUCCGCGUCCGGCCCGGCCCCCGAGACCCCCCCGGCCCCCGAGGAGCCCGGCGCGGAGGCCCGGUCCCGGGCGGACGCCCUGAGGGCCCGGAUGGAGGAGCGGCUGGAAGGCGCCCGGUUCCGCUGCCUCAACGAGCAACUCUACACGGGCCCCAGCUCCGCCGCCCGCCGCCUCUUCCGGGACGACCCCGAUGCCUUCCAGAUCUACCACCGGGGCUUCCAGGCCCAGCUCCGGCACUGGCCCCUGCGGCCCGUGGAGGCCAUCAUCCGAAACCUGCGCCGGCGGCCCGCGUCCCUCGUGGUGGCCGACUUCGGCUGUGGCGAUUGCCAGCUGGCCUCCGGCAUCCGCAACCCCGUACACUGCUUCGACCUGGCGGCGCUGGACCCCCGCGUCGUCGUCUGUGACAUGGCCAAGGUGCCCCUGGAGGAUGCCUCGGUGGACGUCGCCGUCUUUUGCCUGUCGCUGAUGGGAACCAAUUUAAGGGACUUCCUGGAGGAGGCCAACCGGGUGCUGAAGCCGGGGGGGCUGCUCAAAGUGGCCGAGGUGGCCAGUCGCUUUGAGGACGUGCGGGCUUUCCUGGGGGCCCUGGCCCAGCUCGGCUUCAAGAACAUCUCCAAGGACCUGAGCAACAGCCACUUCUACCUCUUUGAUUUCCGCAAGACGGGUCCCCCUCAGGCCAAGGGGCGGCUGCCGGGCCUGGCUCUGCGGCCCUGCGUCUACAAGCGGCGAUAACCCGGCCCACGCCGUCCCCCCGGAGCGUGGCCCAGUGGGAAGAGCAGGGGCCCGGGAGUCAGAGGACCAGGCUUCUAGUCCCAACUCGGCCCCUUAACCUUACGCGGAGCAAAUCUCUCAACCGCUCCGGACCUCAGUGUCCUCCCCUGUAAAAUGGGGAUCCAAGGCCCCAUCUCCUUCCCUCUUGGACCGGGAGCCCCGGGGGGGACGGGGACGGCGAUCGCCUUGUGCGUAUCCCGGCGCGUGGCCCGGAGUAAGCACUGACAUGCCAUCGUCGUCGUCGCAGGUCAGGUGCGCGGCGAGAACGGUCCCCGGGGGGCUUGGGACCGAGGAAGCCGAGGCAGGGAGGCCCACGGAGGCCAGGAGCUGCAAGCCGGGGGCGUGACGGCCGUGGACUCCCUGCCCCCCGCCACCCACCGUCCCAAGGCUUCAGAGCACGAGGCUGCCUAAGGAUCCGGCGGAGGAGAGGAGGAAAGGAGCGGGGCCCCUUCCCUUCCUCCUUCUCUCUUCCUAAAACGAGGAUCAGCGCUCCACGGGGCAGGCGUGUUGGUGUCAGGGCAGGGUGGAGGACGGAAAGAUAGAUAGGGUUAGGGGUGGGUCUGGGUCACACCCCUGGACUGCUGGGGCGGACGGGCGAGGCCCUCUCCCUUUUUCAGCUGUUGUAGGAAAUAAAAACUGCCUGCCACCUGCC